AGAAGAGAAGAAGAAGAAAUUCAUAUUCCACGCGAUCGAGAUUCGAGAGAGAAGCAUUUGAAUAUGGAUUUGUUUUGGAUCUUCUUCCUUCUACUUUGCUUAGCAUGGUUUUCCUUUUCAAUCUUAACCCUUAAUUUCAGCGCCGCCAUUUCCAAGCUACCUCCCGGACCCAGACCCUUGCCGGUCAUCGGAAACCUUCUGGAUCUCGGCGACAAGCCCCACAGGUCUCUGGCCAAUCUGGCCAAAUCUCACGGCCCCAUUAUGACCUUGAAACUCGGCCACGUCACCACCGUCGUAGUCUCCUCCGCCGCCAUGGCCAAGGAAGUUCUCCAAACCCACGACCAGUUUCUGUCCUGCAGAACGGUUCCGGACUCAAUGACCACCCACAACCACCAAGUUUUGGGCCUCCCGUGGAUUCCGGUUUCGCCCCUCUGGCGAAAACUCCGACGAAUUUGCAAUACCCAGCUGUUCGCCGGACGGAUUUUGGACGGCAACCAGAAUCUCCGGCGAGCCAAAGUGGCGGACCUCGUUUCGGAAAUUACCAUACGUGCUUCCAAAGGUGAGAUGGUGGAUUUUGGGAAGGUAGCAUUCAUGACAUCGCUGAAUCUGCUUUCGAACACAAUUUUCUCGGCGGAUUUUUUGGACCCAAAUUCUGAAAUUGGGAAAGAGUUCAAGGAAGUAGUGAGAGGGAUUGUGAAAGAAGGUGCGAGGCCAAAUUUGGGGGAUUAUUUUCCUCUACUGAAGAAGCUAGAUCUUCAAGGCAUAAAGAGGAGACAAACGAUGAAUUUCGACAAGGUUUUUAAUGUGUUGGAGCAGAUGAUGGACCAGCGGCUACAUCAGCAGCAGGCGUCUGCUUCUGCUUCUGCGCCCAACAACAACGAUUUGUUGCACUACCUUCUCAACCUCACCCACCAAAAUAGCGACAUGAAAAUUGACAAAAUACAAAUCCAACACUUAAUAUUGGUUCUAUUCGUUGCUGGGACUGAUACAAGUUCUGCCACACUGCAAUGGGCAAUGGCAGAACUCCUAAGAAACCCAGAAAAGUUAUCCAAAGUUCAAGAAGAAACCAGGCGGGUGAUUGGAAUAGGGAACCCCAUCGAAGAGUCAGACAUUUCGAGGCUGCCUUAUCUACAAGCAAUCGUGAAGGAAACUUUCAGAUUGCACGCACCAGCUCCUUUUCUACUGCCCCGUAAAGCGCUACAAGACGUGGAAAUUGGAGGGUUCACAAUCCCAAAGGGCGCACAGGUGCUGGUAAACGCGUGGGCUAUGGGCAGAGAUUGGGAAAACCCAGAGUCGUUCGAGCCAGAGAGGUUUAUGGGGUCUGAAAUGGACGUCAGAGGCCGAGAUUUUGAGCUGAUUCCGUUCGGUGGUGGGCGGAGGAUUUGCCCUGGUUUGCCAUUGGCGAUGAGAAUGCUGCAUUUGAUGUUGGGUUCGCUGGUCCACUUGUUUGAUUGGAAGCUUGAGGAUGGAUGUGGACCUGAAGAUGUGAACAUGGAGGAGGAGUUUGGCAUCACUGUGGAGAUGGCUUUUCCCUUGAGAGCAUUGCCUCUGAUCAUCCCCUAAUUACAAUGAACAAAAGAAACUUUGUAUUUUUAUUGCAUUUAUGAAGUUAAAAUGUGAUGCACCCAUCGACCAUGAUAUAAGAAUGAGUUGAGGUGCUUUCUUAGUUUAAUUUUAGAAAAAUAAUUAGGUCCUAAGAAAAAUAAUUAGGUCCUAACUAAGGAAGAUGUAUGUUUAUGCUCGAUCAUUGAAUAUUUGACAAUUAAAAGAGAGAAAUGCAAAAAUAACCCAGUGGACAUUUCUUCAAUCCAA